AUGCUGCGAUACAUCAACCUCCUACGUCAGAAGACGCCAGUGUCGACCACCAAUAACACCAGGACAACGUUGUCACCGCUGGACCUUCCCGAGAUCCUCGAACUCAUAUUCUCCUACCUCGACGACUACACCACCCGCCGCUCGGCUGCUCUUGUCUGUCGCCAAUGGUACUUCCUCAACCAGGGCCGGCUUGCUCGUGAGGUCACCUGGAGCCAAGAUUGGAGAUCAUCAAGGAAGGAGAGAGCUCUGCACAAGUUGCCUGGUGCGGGUCGGCUCUAUAUCUGCCACCUGGGCAAUCGAUCCGAUUCCAUGCAGGAUGCUAUUUUCGCUCUACACCGGCUCGAGUCUAAGUAUCAGAAGCAAUUAGGACAAGGGGCCAGCACAAGCGCAGUCAGCGACAACAGCAACAACAGCAACAACAGCAACAACAGCAACAACAGCAACAACAGCAACAAACGCAUAUCCACAUCUAUGACCGCUCUGACGCUCUACAACUCCACGCCUCUCAAAGAGUUGGUUCUGUACACUACGUUCGGUCGCCCCUUUAUCGAGUCGUUCCCUAUCCCAUCGUCCCUCACCCGACUGACCAUCAAAGUUGGAUACUCGCAUUAUGUAGAGUGGGACUUUGGCAUGAUACUCAGUAAAUGUCCGUUGCUGGAGUACUUUUGCGCGGAUACAUUUAACACAUCCGGCAUCCAUUUUCGACUGUCGCCAUUCGACUCUACAACAACACCACGUCUCCCACUCCGAUCCCUAGUUCUCCACAACGUCGCACUUUCACAACCCGAACUCGAAAUCCUCAUGCGACUCACACCAGACCUCAAGGAGCUCAAAUUGAUGGCGAUGAUGUGGGAUGAGGGCAAUGAGUACAACUGGACUCUGCUGUUCACGUUCCUGAUGGACAACAACAUCACCCUCGACAGGGUGCACUUUUCGUCCCUUGACCGCAAGAUGUCAGCCAAGGAGACGGAGCAAUUGCUGGCAGACAUUUAUCCUCAUCUGUCGUCGGAACGGUCUCUAUGGGCGCUGGAUGUGACACCACAGCUCCUGCAGACGAUCACCUCUCAGCCAAAUACGCUCACAACCUUGGAGGUCAUAUGGAAGGCACCAGAAAGAUUUGCUCCCAAGUCCUGCUGCCUCACCUCCCUUGCCCAGGCCCCAGGACUCAUUCAUCAGUAUCUCUGCGAAUCGCCAUACCUCGCCCACCUCACAACGCUAAAGAUGAUUGUACGAAUGGAUGAUAUGGAUCUCUUUGGUCGAUCAGGAUACCUUCAUCUGGACAGAGGAAACGACGCCAUCUUUCCAGACAACUCCUCGACACCUCUCGACCAUCCUCGGUUCUGGCGGUGUCGCGGCCUCCGCACCCUCCACAUCGAAGUCCACGCCCCUGGCCCGUUUCGACUUCAGCACCCAGUCCACAGUCGAAUCGUCUUUGGUUACGUCGCUCGUGUCUGCCCACUUCUCGAGGGCCUCCAGAUCUGUUUCCCAAAGGACUGUGAGUCGGAAACCUUCGGAGGCCGAUACCGCACAUACCCAUGUCUACAGCUCAAGGGAGGACUUUGCCUCCUUGCCCGAUUGAGAUACCUGCAGAGACUGAGGAUGUUUGACAAAAUGGACUCGGUAAUGUAUUGCUUGGUCAAAAAGGCCGCCUUUGAGCAGACAAACUCAUGA